CCUCCUCCUGUCACUCUCCCCUAUCUGCUGCCAACCAUCCUUCUCCAACUCCUUCCCCUGGCAACCCCACACUCCUCACUGAGUCUCAUUCAGGUGUGUUCCCAUGUGAAAUUUUAGCCCCUGCCCUGUACCAUGGCUACUACAUCAGGCCUCGGAUCAAUAAGCAGCUGGAUCGAGGCACUUCUGAGAUCAGCCUCAACGAGCACAAAUUCCAGGUGUUCCUGGAUGUCUGUCACUUCCUGCCGGAUGAGAUCACUGUCCGCACCAUAGACAACCUGCUGGAGGUGAUGGGACAGCACCCACAGAAGGCUGACCGCCAUGGCUUCAUCUCCCGAGAGUUCACCAGGACCUACAUCCUCCCUCUGGAUGUCGACCCCUUGCUGGUGAGAGCCACAUUGUCCCACGAUGGCAUCUUAAGCAUUGUGGCUCCCCGGACAGGGAAGGAGGUGAAGGCCAGAGUCAACGAGGUGAAGAUAACCCAACAGGAGCAGCCAGUGGGGAAAGAAGAACAGUCUGAGGAAGGAAAAGGGAAGGAAGAGUCCUAA